AUGAAUGAAGAAAUUAGGGCAGGGGUAUCGUAUAUUGGCCAAGACUGCAGAGAGAUCCCAGAAUUUCUAGGAAGAAACUAUGGACACAUUGCAAAGAGGUUGGAUCUUAGCUUCAACUUGUUAAGGUCGCUGGAAGGACUGGAGACGUUUUGCUGCUUGGAGGAGCUGAUCUUGGACAACAACCUCCUCGGGAAUGACCUCCGGUUGCCCAGGUUACCGUACCUCCAUACCCUGAUGCUCAACAAGAACCAAAUCACAGAACUGGAAAAGCUGCUGGAUCACUUGGCGGAAGUGGCACCUUCCUUGGAGUACCUCAGUUUGCUGGGAAAUUCAGCAUGCCCCAAUGAGCUGGUCUGCAAAGAUAAGGAUGAGGGAGACUACCAAAGAUACAGGUAUUUUGUUCUGCACAAAUUAAGCAACUUGAAGUUUCUGGAUUCUCGAAAAGUCAGCCGAAGCGAGCAUGAAGAAGCCGCCCUGAGAGGGGCUUUUAUGAAAGUGGUGAAACCCCCGGAUUCUAAGCCCUCAAGCGAUGGCGCUGCCAAUUCCCCUGAAGUGCACUAUACACCACUUCCAACUGGAUCAAGGGACCUUACCAACCAUAGAGGUGUUCUAGGGAAAUGCCGCUACGUCUACUACGGGAAGCAUUCCGAGGGCAACCGGUUCAUCCGGGACGACCAGCUCUGA